AUGUCGGACGAAAUGAAUAUUAGUAUGACACAAAGAACACCACCUAGAGUAAGUUUGUAGAGUAGAAUUGGCUUAAAAAAUCAAUAACUUAUAGAAAGCUCGUCACAUCGAAGUGGAGCUUCCAAUUUUCAACAAAGGAACUCCGAUGCCACGCGAACAUUCGAGAAAAGAUUGGGAUCAAUGGAAGAAAAAUGAGAUUCGAAAAGCGAUGGCAACAAGAAAACCAGGUUGCAAAUGUGUACAUGUUCCAUUUGAACGCCAACCACCGUGUUAUACAAAAGAUAAAUUGCCUGAAAAAUCGGAUAAUCGACAUUUGGAUGAUCGAGAUGUUUAUUUGAAACAGAAUAGUGCCGCUAGAAAACAUGGUAGGAUUUUUUUGGAGAAAAUUCCAAAAUUGAAAUUUCUCGUUUCAAGAUCUGAAAAUCCUCAAUUUGGCCCCGAAAUUCAAAUUUUUAGUUGAGACUUAAUUAUCCAAUUUUUUAACGCCGAAAUUGAAAUUUCGCUGUUUCAAAUAUUUUUGAAACCACAAAGAUCAUUCUCAUAUAUGUAUAGUUGAUUGAUCUGAAAACUUCUAAUUUUUGCAGUUCUCAAUAGUCUUGUAAGUUUGAAUAACCACGGUUUCAAUUGUGCAAAAGCAGAUGGAAUUGCAAUCAAACACAAUGGCGAAGUUUUCCCAAGAAAAGCUUGUAAACGAUUCGUGGAUGGAAUGAAGAAAAAGUUGAAAGAAGCUGGAAAUCCAGAUCCAGAUGAUAUUUUCAGCGAAGACGAAGACGAUAAAGAAUUUAAUAAAGUAUGGGAACCACAAAGAAAACAAUUAUUGAAAGAAGGAUUUGGAAUGGUUGACGGAGAAGAGGUUUUUGAUCCUUGGGAUGAAUUUUGUACAGAAAUGGAAGAUAAUUUGAAAGAAAAUAAAAUUGAUAUGAAACAUUAUUUGGGUUGGUUGAGAAAGAAAGUAAAAGAUAAUGAAGUGAGCCCAUUUUAUGCGGAUUAUUGUAAUGAAUUGGAAAAGACUGAGAAACAAUUGUCGAAAAAGACGAAAGCUAAGAAGAAAUUGAAGAGUUUGGUUAGUGGAGUUCAAUUGUUUUAUCGAAAAAGUUUGGAGAGAUUGAGUGGUGAAAGAUCGAGAUCUGGAUCAAAAUCGGAUGAAAAAAUAUCAAAGAAAAGUGAGAAAUCUGUGAGCAAAGUGGCGAAAAAGAAGGCAAAAAGAGAUACUACAAGUGAUUGA